AGAUUUCCAUACAAAACAUUACUGAAAACCACCUAAUUCCGAGAAUAUUUUGUCAUUCCGAGUAAAUUUUACACUCUCCACCUGAAACUGCUUCCCCUUGUGCUUCCCGGUGGUCCAGCUUCAGGUGGAGAGUGUAUAAAAUGACGUUAGCAGUAGUGUAGUGUCAACAGUAAUUCUAGAUGUAUUAGAUAGUUGGUAGAAUUUCACAAUAAUAAUAAAUAUUGCUAGAGAAUUUAUUCUAGUGGUUACGACUCGAAACAAAGAAAUUGUUUGAGUGCAUAUGGUCCGGACCGGAAAUUCAUUUUUCAUACAAAGCGUUUAUCAUCAUGAUUAAUAAGCAAAAUAUUAGGUCGAUGUUAGAGAAUAUUGUUGAAAUUGUUAAUAAGGAUCCCAUCGGAGCUGAUGUUAAAGUGGCUUUAUUUAUAAGUGCAGCAAUAAGCUUUAAGAACAAUAGUUUGUUACAUCCUUUUCCAAAAGAAUAUAUAAACGCUGAUAAAAUAAAAGAUUUCCAAAGACUGGUGUUUGAUCUAGAAAAGAUACCGAAUUUUGAAGAAUUAAUAACUCUUUCUAUGGGCGGAAAUGCAUCAUUACUUCCUUAUCCUUCAAUCGAUUUGCUAUAUCAUAUUCUAUCUUGGCCAAAGUACAACUUGGAAUCCAUUAAGAAACCAGAGUUUGAUAAAAUUUUAUGCCUUUCACAAAUCAACACAAACAUUCGCCAAAAGAUUCCAAAACCAAAUCAUAUAUUUAAAGUUAAAUAUUCAGAAUCUGGAGCCGAAUUGAAGUUCAUAUCCAAAAAAGUUGGAAUGGAAACCAGUUAUGCCUUUCAUGGAACACGAUUCUUCAAUAUUUAUUCAAUUCUUAACCAUGGACUACAACAACAUUUGAACAAGAUUGGAUUAUUUGGAGAAGGAUUAUAUUUAGCAAAAGAACCCGAUGUGUCGCUUUUGUUCAGUCCUUCUGUUCUAAGUUGGGACAAAUCAUUAAUUGGUGGCUUGGUGAGUUCCAUUGCACUUUGUGAGUAUAUUAACGAUCCUUCUCAUGUGAAGGUUCGAAAAGGUCACUUGAAAAUGCAGGUUGUCUAUAUAACAUAUGUUGCGCUUUUAAUACACCUGACUGCAGGUUCUGAAACCAAGACGUUCCAAUUAACAAUGCCGAAUGUACGACCAUAUCGACCUGAACUAUAUCUAUGUACUCCUGUUAAAGUGGAUUAUACCAGAAAUUACUACAUGACUGCUUUUCAACCUAAUGCAACCAUGAAAACGGCUCAUCACAUGCUGUUAUAUGGCUGUGGAGAAGUUGGAUCGAGCAAACCGGUUUGGAAUUGUGGAGAAAUGUCUCAAGAAAAUCCUGAAGAAGAAAGUGGUAGUCCAUGUGAAGCUGGAUCACAUUCCCAGAUAAUUUAUGCAUGGGCAAGAGACGCUCCAAAAUUGAAUCUUCCCGAUGGUGUUGGUUUUAAAAUUGGAAAAAGUUCUCCAAUCAAAUAUUUAGUCCUUCAGGUGCAUUAUAUGCAUAAAUUUGAAGAAGGAAGAACUGAUGAUUCAGGAAUAUUUAUACACUAUACAUCAGAACCAUUACGGAAAUUGGCUGGAGUGUUACUUUUGGGAACUAGCGGAGUCAUUCCACCAAUGAAAAAGGAAUAUAUGGAAACUGCUUGUGAAAUUACGGAAAAUAAAACUAUUUAUCCAUUUGCUUAUCGGACACACACUCAUAGUUUGGGAAAAGUUGUAUCGGGAUAUCGUGUAAGAAAAGAUGAAGAAGGCAUUGAUCACUGGACUUUACUUGGCAAACGUGAUCCACUUACGCCUCAAAUGUUCUAUCCCACUCUCAGUAAUGAUGCCAUCACUCAAGGUGAUAAAGUUGCGGCAAGAUGUACCAUGGUUAGCGAACGCAAACGAAUUACUAAAAUAGGAGCAACAAAUGAAGAUGAAAUGUGUAACUUUUAUUUGAUGUACUAUGUUGAAGAUGAUGAACCUAUGGAUAUAAAAUAUUGCUAUACCGCGGGUCCACCUUACUAUUCAUGGAAAACUUCUUCCGAUCCUCAUCUCAAUCACAUUCCUGAUGACGAAGCAAGUCAAUUAUAAAUUUGUUUUGUUCCCUCAAAGACUUUUAUUAUUUAAGGCGAAAUCAAUUUUUUUCAUCAUGAGAUGAUGAAGAUGAAAAAAAUUAUUUUAUAUGGUCAAAACAAGGAAAAUCAAUUAUUUUAACUUAGAGAUUAAUUUUUCAUAAUGUAAAUCUCCAUUAAAAUCUGUUUUUUUU